GUAACGUUCGGAGAACGUUUGGCCGGUUCGUUCGGUCGAACAGACCGCGAGAGCACAGUAUACCGUUGACUGACAACCCCUUCGUGUGCGAUGAUGUCUCGCCGCGGCUAACCGAAACGUCCCCUUUCCCUUUCUCUUCGUUUUCUCCCCUGUCCACCUCGGUUUCGUCUACAUAUUAAAACAGUGCCAAGAAUAUCUAACGUAACGUCGAAAAGUUCGCACCUGUCGACACGUAUCGACGUUUCGCGGCUCGCAGUGUGUGACACGCCGAGCCGAAGCCGCGUCUCUGUAUUAGGAUUUUUGUCUGACCCCUCUCGCUGUCUACCUUUCUUUCUCUUUCUCCGAUCGAGGAAAACAUGGAUGAAGCGAACGGAAAGAUGCGGAGCCAGCACGAGGACGUGGAUACCGCAUCCCUUGGCGCUGACAUCCUGAAUCCGUUCGUGCAUCGUCUGGAGCUGGACACAACCUACGACAAGCUCAAGACGGCAUUCCUGACGGUAGCUCUUCUACCAUUCAGACUGGCUGCAAUUACGGCUCUGGUGAUCAUGGCCUGGCUCCUAGCUUGUCUAGGUCUCCUUGGAUUGUCCGAGGAAGAUCUCCGUCGAGCCCCUCUGAAAGGGUGGAGACGAGACAUGCGAAUCGUGAUCUGCUGGAUGAUGCGAGCGUUGUUCAUCUGCGGGGGAUUUCACCACCUGAAGGUCAAAGGUCGUAAAGCGGAAACAAAGGAUGCCCCCAUAUUAGCCCUAGCCCCGCAUUCAAGCUUCUUCGACGCACUUCCGGUUGUUUACCUCGGCGGACCGAGCAUCGUCGCCAAGGCGGGGACAGGGCGCAUUCCUUUUUUCGGAAAACUUAUCAACUAUACGCAACCGGUCUACGUUUGGAGGGACGAUCCUAAUUCACGACAGAAUACGAUCAAGGAAAUUAUCGAAAGGGCUACUUCGAAAGAGGAUUGGCCGCAGGUUAUGAUUUUCCCAGAAGGUACCUGUACAAAUCGAUCGUGCCUAAUUACUUUUAAAUCCGGAGCGUUCUAUCCUGGUGUACCUGUUCAACCUGUUUGCAUCAGGUAUCCUAAUAAAUUGGACACGGUCACAUGGACUUGGGAAGGUCCUGGAGCAUUAAAGUUAUUGUGGCUGACACUAACUCAACUGAAUAGCAGUUGCGAAAUAGAGUUCCUCCCUGUUUACAAGCCUAGCGAAGCUGAGAAAACGGAUCCUAAACUUUACGCAAAUAACGUGCGACGCCUUAUGGCAGAGGCCUUGCAGAUACCAGUAUCAGAUUACACGUACGACGACUGUCGAAUAAUUAGUAAAGCUCAUCAGCUGCACAUACCGCGUGCGUCCAUCAUCGUAGAGGCCCAUAAGCUUCGUAAUAAACUUGGGUUGGUAGCGGCGAAGACCGAAGAAGAAAUCGUUCAGAAAAAAACGGAAAGGCUAAACGAGACCGUGAACUUGGAGGAGUUCGCGCAAAUCCUCAGAAUCGAUGAAAAGGAGCCUGCUACCCAACAACUUUUCCGAAUACACGAUAGAAACGGAAAGGGUAAAAUAGACUUCGAGGAGUAUAUAUUCACAGUAUUAGCCACAGCGAAUGCAAACACAGAAUUAGACAAAAUCGAGACGGCGUUUGAAGUUUGCGGUACAAAAUCAUUAUCGUGCAUCGGUAAAAUGGAACUGAGGAAAGCGUUGAAACUGUCGUUAGAUAUACCAUCGGAAGAGUCGGAUAAGAUCUUUCAGCACGCGAAGAUUGAUCCUUUCGACACGUCAGUUAAUUUUGAAUUUGUCCUGGCCGCAAUAGCAGCGCGAGCAGAGUAUGCUCAUAUAUUUACAGCGAACAGUGAAACGAGAAAAAAGAAUAUUUGAGAGUAUUUAAUCGACUCGUUCCGUGCUCAUCGAAGAUAUAGGACACAUCGCGUUUGUAGCAGGCCGCUUCUCAACCAAACUUGCGUCAGUCCUGUCUAACUUUGUUCCACUCUUGCUGAUAUUAAUACUGUUUCAACGAAUAGAUAGCCAUUUUUUUUUUUAGUAUUAUAUCGUUGACGAAGCAAGAUGUCGUCUUCGUGAGAAUUAAGAGAAAAACGGAACGAGAAGAUUGCUGCAUAGUAUGUUAAGGAUUGUAUUAAAUAAAUGAGUUGAUUUGUCUAGCGUUCGCGUGGACGCAGAUAUGUUUCUUCGUUGCUAGAAGAACUCUUUUUUUUCCGCGAGAAUGAAGUCAAUUCCCAAAGGAGAUGUUGCUGUUUGGGGAAAAGAAAGUAAGAUGUAUAUUUAUCGUUUCCUUCGGAACGUCGUUCGACGAUUUUUCAUAUUUGUUAUUGUGUAAUUGUUUUAAUUUAUGAGAAUGUUGAAUUUUUUUUUAUAUCAUGCCAUUCAUUCAUAUGAGAUCCAAUAGGACAAGCGUACGACUGUAGAUAUAGAACACGGAAAGAGAUUUGCCUUUUUUCUGUUAUUUAUCGCAUAGUUCAUAUAUAUAUACAAUAAAUGUGAUAUAGCUUUC